AGUCUACGCAAAGUCGAUCUUAUGCCAAGCCUCCUCCAUCUGCCUUCUUCGAGAUUCCGGCACCUGAUUUCAUACACCUGAACACAUAUUUUCACAUGGGGCGACUUGAUAUUCAGAUAGAAAUAGAGAGACAGGCGAGGUGGAUUCCUACAAACGGGAGAAUCCAAAGGUUGAAGACGAUAGCAUUAUCCAACUCUGAUGCCUCGAUUCCUAAUGCAAAAGAGUGGAGGCAACCCAGAGCUGAUAGGCCACAUAAUCACAUGGACCUUCAAUUGUAUAGGGCAGCAACAGAAGCUGAUGUUGAUGGCUUCCUUAAUGUGCUGGAGCGAGUCUCAAGAGAGAAGAACCUCACCCUUGCUUCCAUUUUUGACCAAGUAACUCCCUUAAAGAAUACAUUGCUUCAUGUUGCCGCCGCCUCUGGAAAUUUAGAGAUAGUGGCGCUGAUAGUUUACAGGUAUCCAUGGCUUGCUACCAAGACAAACACAAAUGGCGAUACUGCUCUGCAUCUGGCUGCAAAAGCUGGAGAUGAACUUACCUUGUCGGUUAUAGUCCAGCUUCUGACGAGUGAUGUCCAUUCCCAAUCUUCUGGCUACAGCAGGGUGUGGGUGAAGGAGGUAGAAGAUGACGAUCUGCCAUUCAGGAAACGCAAUAAGCAAGGAAAUACUGCAUUGCAUGAAGCCUUGAUAAAUGGCCAUCAAUGGGUGGCCUUGAAUUUGUUUGGGUCAGAUCCCCAAGUGGUGUUCUAUCUAAACAGGGAAGGGAAGUCUCCCUUGUACCUCGCUGCAGAAGCUGGGUACGAUUCAUGUGUUUUGGCGAUGCUCAAAGUUCCAGUUGGCAGUGAGAAUCCCAACACAAAGCUCAAAGGGAAGUCACCAAUUCAUGCUGCAACUAGAGAGAGGCAGUCAGGUGUCUUAGAUAUCAUGUUGAAGAAAGACCCAAGUAUGAUCUAUUCGAGAGAUGAAGAAGGGAGGACUCCACUUCACUAUGCAGCAUCCAUAGGUCACCUUAAAGGGGUCCAUUACUUGUUAGGCAAAUAUGCUCUAGGAGCUGUUGAAAGGGAUAACAGUGGCUUCUUUCCCAUUCAUAUGGCUUCUAUUAAAGGUCAUGUUGACGUAAUCAGGGAGCUACUUCGACACUGCCCGGAUCCCAGAGAGCUGCUCAGUGAUAAUGGCCAAAAUAUUCUUCAUGUUGCAGCCAUUAAUGGUAAAUAUGAAGUAGUCAGCUACAUUCUCAAAACUCCUGAGCUUGGGAAACUUAUAAAUGAGAAAGAUAAAGUUGGAAACACACCCCUGCAUUUGGCCACCAUGCACUGGCACCCCAUGAUUGUCAGUGCUCUAACUGGGGAUAAAAGGGUGGACUUGAAGUUGGUGAACAAUGAAGGAUUGACUGCCUUUGAUGCUGCUGAGUACUACAUGGAAACACUGGCCCCUUAUCACAAGAGGCUAACAUGGACUGCAUUGAAAGUGGCGGGUGCACCGCGAGCUACUUGCCCCAAACCUCUCAAAGCAAUUGGACAAUCUUCUGUGCAGGUGGAGCCACCCAAGAUGGAUAUUUACAGGGACAGAGUGAACACCCUUUUGUUGGUGGCUACCCUAGUUGCCACGGUAUCCUUUGCAGCUGGUUUUAGAGUCCCUGGUGGAUAUAACAACUCUGAGCCAGACCAGGGGAUGGCAACCAUGCUAAGACACAAGAAGUUCCAAGUAUUCAUUUUCUGUGACAUGAUAGCAAUGUAUAGCUCCAUCAUUGUUGCAAUCUCCCUCAUUUGGGCACAGUUGUGUGACCUCAAGUUGGUGCUUACUGCCCUUAGAGUGGCAUUGCCACUAUUGGGAGUUUCUCUUGCAACAAUGUCGUUAGCAUUCAUGGCUGGUGUCUCUCUUGUCGUGAGCAACCUCAAUUGGAUUUCCAAUACUGUCCUAAUCACGGGCUUCCUCUUCCUCAUCAUUCUCGUGAUACUCUUCUUUCCACUUUGCUCCCCAACCUCAUCAAGAAACUGCAUCUUGCGCCGCAUCUCUUUGAUUUCCUUCCACAUGAUGAUGCUGGUGACAGGAAGUUACAAUACUCAUGGCAAUUUGGAAUGUGAAGCCUGCAUCUCCUAGCUACGAUUGGAACUCCUGCAUGAUUUUGAGAGCCUAAGAUCCACUGCAAGGAGCAUUAGCUACACCAGUUAGCUUGACUGACUUGUAAUUUUCAUAUUAGAAUAUUUUUUUUCCAUCUGUUUCUUAUGGGCUGGUAGAAUUUCAGUACAUUUAGAAUGUCGUUUGGUAUUGAUUCUACGAAGUGUUUCUAACA